ACGGCGCAGCCGCAUUGGAUAUCACGGCCCUCCCCCCCGGGGAGAGCAGGAGGAGACGGCGGCUGCUGCGGCCUCGGGUCCAGCGCUUGGGGCGGCCGGGAGCGACGGACAGCGGCCUGGGGGCCGGCCAGAGCGGGACCAGCAGGGUUGAGGAGCGACUCGAGGUGCCUGCUCUGAAGGGGCCAUUCUCUCUCGCUCUCUCUCCCGUCGACCUCUCUCCCCCGUAGCACCCCUCCUGGACGCGGAGGCGUGCCGGAAUGACGUCCUUUGGCUGGAAGAGGCGAGUGGGGGAGAAGGUGUCCCGGGCGGCAGCACAGACGUUCGAGGCAGCGGCAGCAGCGGUGGGAGAGGACGGGGCGGUGGAGUCCGACGUGGACUGGCUGCACGUGACCAAGCGGCGGCGGGAGACACUGCAGGAGGACUGCGCCGCCAAGAGCAAGAGGCUGAAGGAAGAGGGAGCCUUCUUCUCGGAGAACGGCAGGUACUGGGAGGCGAUCGGUCGGUGGGAUGAAGCUAUUCAGCUGACGCCGGACUGUGCAGCCCUGUACGAGAUGAAGGCUCAGGUGCUGAUGAUCCUGAACGAGGUGUUCCGGGCAGUGCAGGCAGCGGAGGUGGCCGUCCGGCUGAAGCCGCGGUGGUGGGAGGCCUGGCAGACCCUGGGCCGGGCCCAGCUCAGCCUCGGGGAGGUGACCUUGGCUGUGAGGACGUUCCAGCAGGCGGUCCAUGCCUUCCCGGGGGAGAAGUCUCUGUGGGAUGAGGACCUGUGCUGGGCGGUGGAGCUGCGGCGGAGGCAGCGGGAUCUGGCCGAGGUGGAGGUGGAGGUGGAGACGCCCGCCCCUGAGCUGCCCGACUACGACUUUGAGAGCGACGAGCUGGUGGCGGCGUGCGCUGCCAUCGCUGACAGGGAGCGGGACGCCCGCCGCGCCGCUGCCCCCAUCUUCGUGAGGGUCCCGGGGGGCGGGGAGGAGGGGGAGGAGGACCCCCAGCAGUCUGGCGGCUUCAUCCAGGCCCGGUAGCGUCUGUCCCUCCCCACCUCUCCUCUCCGCCCCUCAGCCUUGGGACCCGAGGAAGAGCAGGGGGGGGGAGGACUGGGAGAAGGACAGGCUUUGUGACCCUGGGGAAGAUGGGGGGGGUGAGGGGCUGAGACCGAGUGGAGGACAGGCUUCGUCGCUCAGAGUGACUACACUUUUAGACUGAGAUCUGACAACACAAGAGAUGCUGGAGUCUCAAACCCAUCACAAAGUGCUGGAGGAACCCAGCGGGUCAGGCAGCAUCUGUGGAGGGAAACUCAGACGACAACAGUACAGCACAGGAACAGGCCAUUCGGCCCACAAUGUCUGUGCCAAACAUGAUGCCAAGACCAACUCCUGUCUCUCUCUGCAUAAUCCAUAUCCCUCCACUCCCUGCAUAUCCACGUGCCUAUAUGGAGUGCACUAUCUUACCCGCCUCCACCACCACCCCCUGGCAGUGCAUUCCGGGCAGGCGCCAUUCCCUGUGUGACAAAAAAUAACUUUCCCCUCACAUCUUUCAAACUUUGCCCCUAUCACCUUCAAACUCUGCCCUCUAGUAUUUCAUAUUUCCAUCCGUGACGAAAGGUUCUGACUGUCUACCCUAUCUAUGCCCCUCAUUGUUCUAUAUACUUCCACCGGGUCUUCCUUCAACCUGUGGCGUUCCAGAGAAAACACGGAAAUCUCCGCAGACUCCAGGUAACGGUGGCGCAGCGGUAGAGUUGCACCAGAGACCUGGGUUCCAUCCCAACUACGGGUGCUGUCUGCACGGAGUUUGUUCGUUCUCCCCGUGACCUGCGUGGGCUUUACCAGGCAUCAUCUUGGUAAACCUCCUCUGCACCCUCUUCAAUGCUUCCACAUCCUUCCUGUAAUGGGGGCGACUAGAACUGCACGCACUGCUCCAAAUGCAGCCUCACCAACGUCCUAUAGAGCUGCAUCAUGACUUCCUGACACUGCUAGGCAACGCACCUCAGACUGACGAAAGGUCCCGACCUGACACAUGGGCUUUUUCGUUCCCACCACAGAUGCUGCCUGCCCUGCAGAGUUCCUCCAGCACGUUGCGUUGGGCUGAUCACGGGUAUCUCCGCAGCCUCCGGUGGCGCAGUGGUGGAGUUGCUGCCUCACAGCGGCAGACCCGGGUUCCAUCCCGACUGAGUUUGUACCUUCUCCCCGUGACCUGCGUGCGUUUUCUUCCACCCUCCAAAGACACGCAGGUUUGUAUGUUAAUUGGCUUCUGUAAAGUGUAAAUUGUCCCUAGUGGGUGUAGGAUAUUGUUAGUGUGCGGGGUGAUCGCUGGUCGGCACGGACUCGGUGGGCCGAACGGCCUGUGUUUGCGCACAAUCUCUAAAGUCUAAAGGUGACACUGGGCUACUGUUGAACAGCAGAGAGACCGCCUUGACAAUGGGGUGGCGGGGAUACCAGUGCCCGCCCCGGUGUGAUACACACUGCCUGGGCCCCUCACAACCAGAGGAGGUGAUGGAGCCUGCACAUUAACUGUUGGUGGACCCUCUCUAUCCGAUGCCCCACUCCCGGUGGCCAUCCUUGGGUGAGUAGGGAUGUUCCGCCAGGCAGCCUUUCGUCGCGAGUGUUGGGGCAGACGGUGGGGGAGGCGGGAGUUUUGUUUUGCCGUCGUUGUUCCUCCUCCGGGGAAUCGUUUCCCCACGUGUGUGUGUUGAUCCGUGCCAGCUCCGGGGUGCAUCGGAAGCCACGUCUGGCCCACAGCAGACGCCGCGAUCUGUAGCGCCCAGUGCCAAUAAAAGCAUUGCUUCGCUGGA